AUGUGGGUCCUUAUAGUACUGUGCUAUCUCAUUGCAGUAUUAGCCUCAAUAGCGGGAAUACAGUUCCACAUCAAUCUGUUCAGAUAUCCCUUCUAUUUCAGCAUCCCUCUCGCAUUAGCCGUGCUUAUACCGAUAUCCAUCACAUUUCUACUUCCAAUUGAUUAUGUUUCGCUGAAUUCCAAUGGCAGUUUGCUGUGGUUCGAAUUGCCCCACGAUGUGAUCUUAAACCUUUGGAAAGGGAACUAUUGGUCGACUUUCUUGUUGACUUGGUUGCUUCUCCCGAUUCUCCAGGAGUUCUACCGCUCUGGCCAUCAUAACAAGCUAUCAAAAUUGAAAGAUGCAUUGCGGCUGAAUUUGAAGUUCCAGGCUGUGAUGCUAGCCGUUUCAGUAAUUGGCUUAAUCUACCUUUUGCUAGAAGUAGGCUUAUCUUUUGGUCACUUGAAGCUGAUGAUCAUAGCAUUGUCACACAUCUAUGCUUUAAUUCUAGCUCUCUGGUUGAUGGCACACGGCUUGAUUAGUAUUCCGCGUAACCGCUGGAUCGAAGGAAAUGUAGUUCAGAGCUUGAACCAUGACUACCUCAAGUUGCCACGUCUUGUGGACAGUUUGGAAGACGUCAAGAUCUCGUUCAAAGAAGAAGUCCUCCAGGUUUUGGUGCUUCAGAAGAAUUUCACCAGUGAAUCGCCUGAGGAUUUCCAGUUCCGCGAUUGGAUCUUGGAGUUAUACGACCGAAUUCCCGAAGACUUACGUGAUUUGGUUGAACGUCAAUAUAUGCACGAAAACUCAAGCAUAUCCAGAGAACAAUUGACGAUCCAUUUUAUGACAAGAUUGACAUCAAACUUCAAUCUGAACUUAAACCGUUUGGUUGGAUAUGAAUCAGAAUUCGAUAGUUUGCUUACUAAAAUCACUCAUUUGGAAGAUAUCUUGCUGGCCAAAUCUAACCCUAAUCUUGAAGAAAGAAACCUCCUCAACUUCAGAAUCGAUAACCAUAGAGUUUUGCUUCUGCCACGGUUGAACUUUAUAUAUUGGUACUAUGUUCGUCCAGUUUCAAGCCGUAUAUUUUCUGUGGUCUUGUUUGUUGCAUCUUUCGUUAUUCUCCAGUCGGAGUUCUUCCAUUCGUCCAAAUUUUCGUUGAUGAAUGUUCUCGUCUAUUCGACGGGAAUCAACAAUCACAGUUUGUUACAAUUGCUAGUUUCGUCGAUUACCUUUUCGUACAUGUUGUUUGCCUCACUUAAUUCGCUUACCUCGUUGAAGGUCUUCAACAUGUACCAUUUGGUUCCUCACAACUCUGAUCCGGUUUCUGCCUGUUUCUACACAACAUACAUAGCAAGAUUGACUAUUCCGUUGUCGUACAACUUCAUCUAUCUCUUCAAGUCUAGAACGUCUGUGUUUGAAACCUGGUACGGUCAAUCCAUCCAUUUGACUGGGUUGUUUGACUUAAUGAACAACUGGAUUCCUCGCUUAGUGUUGCUUCCUGUGGUGUUGACUGUGUUCCAUGUGUAUGACAAGUUGAAGAAGAAAAUCGGCUUAAACUCCGACUUAUACGACUCUUGGGCAUUGUUUGACGACGAUGAGUUAGAGGGCAACAGCACCAACGACAUUGAAAACUUGAACAAUAAACGCAAAGAUGUCAUUAUCGUCGAGGCUAAAAGGAUAGUUAAUAGAGAAAUGGCCAAACGACAACUGCGUCGUAGAGAUAGUUCCAACUCUACAAACAACUUGCGUACAUUCAACUUGUCUCAGGCUGCAAAUACUAACUAUGAAAACAACAGACGCAGUUUCCACGAUACUCUUGUGAACUCAGCGUUGGGCAACCGUAUCGACGCUCCAUAUCACGACGAUAUACUGGACACAUCUGCACAGCCAACCAUGUGGGGUAGACUUGGAGGUACGUUCAGCGGUAUCCGAGAGUCGUUAGCCAGAUUCUCAGGCAACAAUAACAGCGGUAGCAGUAGUAAUGUCAGUGGGUUGUAUAGAGACGAGCCACUUGACGAUUUUAACUACGACGACGAUGCUGACGAAAAUGUUGUAUUGUAA